AUGUUAAAGCUGAGAGAAGUUGCGAAGUUAUUUUUCAAAAAAGAGAUAGGGAAUGGGAGGCACACCUCUUUCUGGUAUGAUAACUGGUCAGACAUGGGAGUGCUAUCUGAACUGCUGGGAGACAGAGGCAUAAUUGACUUGGGAGUGUGUAAGGAAGCUACAGUUGAGUUAGCAAUCACUAUGCGGAGGAGAAGGAGACAUAGGAAGGGUUUUCUUACGGAGAUUGAAGCUGAAUUAACUUCUAUUAUGAGUAAUCUUAUUUCAGACAGAGAGGAUGUAUGUCUUUGGAGAGGGAAGUCGGGGUUCAAGAGCAAGUUUUCAACGCAAGAAACUUGGUUAUUAUUAAAAGAGAACAAAGCUCACUGUAGCUGGUCUAGAGGAGUCUGGUUCUCUCACGCCACACCAAAGUUUGCGUUCAUGACUUGGCUCUCUAUGCGGGAUAGAAUGUCAACCUUGGACAGAAUACAAAAAUGGAGUCGUGGACUUGACUCUACCUGUCUCUUGUGUAAGAAUGCCACAGAAUCAAGAAACUAUCUGUUCUUUGAGUGUUCUUACACAACUCAGGUAUGGGAACAUUUCGCUAAAGGCUUACUUCGGCAUGAGUAUACUAAUGUCUGGUCUGAGAUUGUAAGGCUAUUGGUUGAUGCACCUAUGGAUAAGAAGAAGGCAUUUUGUCUCAGAUAUUCAUUUCAAGCAGUCCUUUAUGCGCUAUGGAGGGAGAGAAAUAAGAUGUUACAUGGAGACAAGCUGAUGCCUCUACCUAUACUUAAGCGAACUAUUGAUAAAGGGAUCCACAAUAGAAUCACUUUGAUGAAGGGGAAAGAAGCUAAAGGUUUGGAUAAUUUGAUGCAGUAUCGGUUCAGUAUUAGAAUGUAA